AGGGGAGCAGCUCGGUGGCCCUGGGCGAGUGCGUCGCUGGGUGCGCCGCGGGGAGGCUGCUCGCCACUCGCGCCCCGGGGACAUGGACGCGCGCCGCCCCCGCGCCCGAGGGCUGCUGCCGCUGCUGCAGAUGAGGGUGCUGGGGCGCCGCCUGGCGUCGUGCUGGGGCUCGGCGGUGGCGCGCGCCGCCGCCAAGAAGCUGCCCUCGCGGCGCCAGCUGCUGCGCUCGGCCGCCUGGCUGCUGCUGGCGCUGCUGGUGCUGAGCGCGCCCUCCUUCCUCUACCACCAGUACGUGCAGAGCGUCGAGAUGUACUUCUACCAGCUGCAGAUGGAGCGCGUCAAGUCGCUGACGGCCGCCGCGCCGCCCUCCGCCGCCGCCAACGGCUGCACCAUCCCGCUCUACGACCCCUUCGACGCGCGCGUGCGCAGGUUCAUGACCCUGUGGCCGCCCGUGCGGUGCGGCCAGCCGCAGCCCUACCUCACCUACGUGGACGGCGACGGCUACAUCCGCGUCAACCACAGCGGCGUGCGCCACGCCGGGCUGGGCGAGGCGGGCGUGCAGUGCGCCUACGCAGAGAUCCGCCGCGACGACUUCACCGACGACAGCGCGGCGUCGCGCGUGCCGCGCUUCGGCCAGCUGGGCUCCUCGCUGUUCCGCGGCGUGCCCGCGCGCUCGUGCCCGCAGGCGGGCGUGGCGUCCGAGUACUGCGUGUGCGUGCGCGAGGUGGCGCUGCGCGCGGGCGACGAGGCGGUGCAGGCGGCGGCGCGCGCGCUCGUGGCGCACGUCAACGCGCUGCUGCGCCGCGCGCCGCCCGAGGCGGGGGCGGGGCCGUGCGCGCAGCUCGCGCUCGCCCGGACGUGGAAACUGAAAUUAUAUUGGAAUUUGUUCAUAUUAUUGGGUAGCACCAUGUUCUGA